AUGCCGAUGACGACGAGGCAAGCCACGGCGACGGUGGUCAACAAGAAGAAAAAGGAGAAGCAGCAGCGGGUUAAAGGAAAGAGGGUGCUCGGACGGAAGUCGAGUGAUGACGACGACGACGACAGUAGUCUGUGGGGCAGCUGUGAAUGUGGUGUCCAGCAAUCGUAUUCUCGUCUUCCUCCUCCUACUAUUGACGACGACGACACCGACAACAACAAUAAGAAAAGUGCAGACUCGAGUCAUCGUUACGUGUCCCUCCCGCAUCAGUUGACCUCGCUGCGUGCUGUAUUUUGUGCGUAUGCCAACUUGAAGCACCGGCUUCUGAUGCGAGGAGGAUGUGGUGGUGCAUCGGAUAGGUCUGCGAUCCGCUGGACCAACGUCGUUGAGGCCCUCAUGUCCGUCACUUUCGUCUUGUUCCUUGCUGUGGCAGGCUACUGGCUGGCGGCGGGCUGUGAAACGCUGCCGAGUUUCACACUAGGCGAGUUCCACGCCCUGGUGCAGCGUGCGUUGCUGGAGGAGGAGGAGAAGGCUGCAUCGGGGACGAGGACGACAGUCGGCGACGACUACGGUGUGACGUCUUCGAGGAAUGCUGUCGACAGAUCAUCGUCGACAGCAACAGUCUACGCAGUUUCGACGACGAUGGAGAAGGCCUUGCGCGUUGACGGCGGUGACGAUGACGACACCAACGGCAGCAAGAGACACGAGUGGUUCUUCCUCCUCUGGCGGUCCGUGACCGGCGUGCUUCGAGAAGCCCUGCCUUACCCGCUCACGAGCUAUCCGAACAUGGUGGGCCACCGAGGGCCACAAGAGAGCGAGCAGGUCAUUGCGACGCUGGCAGCCAUCCUCACGACCACGAGAUGCAACCCGCUCGUGCACCCGUUUGUCUGCUCCGUCCUCGAGCCCUUUUGCACCGUCGUCCGAGGAGGGCCAUCAGCUCCUGCUCCUGCUGGUGGACCGUCGACGCAGCAGCAUCACGUCGUCAAGCCGCCGUGUCGUCAAUUUUGUCAGACCAACCCAAUGGCUGUGAUCAACAAAUUCUUGAAAGAAGCUGGCGUGCCUGAGAACUUCGAGAUGGUGGAUUUUCCGGAUCUCGACGUGGAUCGCAUUUGCGAGACCAUAUCUCCGAAACCGCCGAACAUUCACGCGACAAGAGAAAGUGAGGAGCCGAAAGAGAUUUACUUCGUCAAGGAGAGUUUCCCGAAUGCGAGCGGACCGAUUGCAAUGAUCCAUGCUUUCCAAUUGCCGAGAGAAGCCAUUCUCGCCAAGUUCGAGGAUGACUGCAACCAGGACCAAACCCCGGAAGCCCGUGUUACUGCACUCAAGGAUUACAAGGAACUGAUGGAAAAGCAGGCGAAAUCUGAAUCUCAACUGCCAACCAUGGAACUAACGCCUUACUACUACGUCGCCAUUGUGCAACACCAGGGGACGAUGCAUGAAUUGGGAUGGAAACAAAAUUGGACCCAAAGCACAUGGACCAACUUAUUCUGCCAAAACUUUCGUCCACGAUGCUGCCAAGGCAUGCAAGAAAUUCAUCCAAGAAAACCCUGGAGAACAUAA